AUGAUGAGCUCGUGGCUGAGUGAGAUAAUCACAGUUCUUGCAUUAUCAUUUCAUGUGCUUGUUUAUGCAAAUCCCAAGUAUCAACGACUCUUUGUCAGCACAAGGGCAAUAGACUUUGUGGAUACUACAAAACACGGAUUCCGGAUUGUUUUGCUGGAUUCGUUCCUUGAAACUUACCUUUCACCUAACCAAAUUCCAACAUUAUUCGUCUCAGCCAUCCCAUUACUUCCAGAUGAACCACUGAUCAGCAAAGUCUUUUAUCCCGAUAAUUUCAGAAAUGACAAACAGGUUAAUUUAUUAGACCUAAAAGAACGAUCUUGGUACUACAUAUGCAUUGAAUGGGAAAACUUCAAUCGACACAAUGAAACCACUGGAACUGAUUGUCGUUUGUUGCGUACGUUAGAUCUUUCUGGACGAAGCGCGGAUACCACGUUAGAAGAAAUAGAAGUAGUAGAUAUCACUGCAACUACUAUGCAAUUUAAAUUUCGUUCAACUGCCGAUUUCCCGAUUAGAUUAAUUGCUACAUUACAAGGUGGAACAGUGCCUCAGAUAAGUUCCCAAAUAUUUCAAUUACGUGAAUCUUCGGAAAUCGAUGUACUAUUUACAUUCCUAAAACACGACACAGAUUACGGUAAAUUGUGCAUACGUGAGGAGCCAUUAACUCGUGGAUUUACUUCUAUGGCACGUUCUGUGUCAGGGAUGAGCAUCGAUAAAUGUUAUUUUGGGAAACUGAGAACCAAAGAUUACGAAUUAUCAACAUAUGAUAUGGAAGCCAGCCCAUACAAGCAUAUGGCAUCUUCGUCUGAAGUAGUCCUAAAAAACUACUACUACACUUUGCUACACAUUUCUAUCGCUACUAUACUGAUAAGAUCGAACUAUUCAUGA